GGGGAGGGGGGGCGCCAAGUGCCUCGCGCCCCCGCCCUGCGGGUGUGUGGAGCGGGGCGUGUUGUGUGUGUGUAUGUAUGUGUGUGUCUGUCCGUCCGUGACUGUACACACUCCUCCGGGGUGGGAGGCAGGAGGGUCCGUCGGUCCGCCCAGCGCCCCGAGUGCGCGCGCUCUCUCGAGCUCUACUUCCCCUCAUCCCAUUUCCCUCCCUCCCCCACCCCCACUCCUCUGCUUCCCUCCCGGCAAAAGGCACGCGCCGCCCCCUCCCAAGCAGCUUUCUGACUCUCGCGCCGCCGCCGCCGCUGCUGCUGCUACUGCAGCUGCAGCCUCUGGAGCCGGAAAGUUCGGGAGCAUUGAGAAAGAGGAGGACUAGGACAGAAGGAGGAGGAGAGAGAGGAGGGAAAAUUGGCUCUUUAGUGAAAUAGAUGUCUUCCAAGAAUUCUUGAUGAAAAGACCAGUGCUAUGUAGAAACUUUGAACUAUAAACCUAGGCAUCAAAAGAAACAUAAAAAGGAGUGAGGAGCUAGGUGGCUCUGGGUAAAGAGCCAGGACUGGAGCAGGCAGUCUGGGGUUCAAAUCUGGCUUCAGAUGCUUCCUAGCUGUAUGAACCUGAGCAACUUACUUAACCCCAAUUGCCUAGCCCUUUCCACUCUUCUGCCUUGGAACUGAUACUUCUUAUCCAUUCUUAGACAGAAGGUAGAAUGGAAGAAUCUCAUUUCAAUUCUUCCCCCUACUUCUGGCCAGCAGUUCCCACAGUCUCAGGACAGAUAGAAAACACCAUGUUCAUCAACAAGAUGAAGGAUCAGCUGCUACCAGAGAAAGGUUGUGGUCUGGCUCCACCUCACUAUCCCACCCUGUUAACGGUGCCUGCCUCAGUACCCUUGCCCUCAGGCAUCAGCAUGGAUGCAGAUACAAAGCCAGAUCAGCUGACACCACACAGCCAGGCUUCAGUCACUCAGAAUAUCACUGUGGUGCCAGUGCCAUCCACAGGACUAAUGACUGCUGGUCCAGGCUUGGUGAUCACAUCCCCCUCAGGCUCUCUAGUGACUACAGCCUCCUCAGCUCAGACCUUUCCCAUCUCAGCUCCCAUGAUUGUGUCAGCCCUUCCCCCUGGCUCCCAAGCCCUGCAGGUGGUCCCUGACCUCUCCAAGAAGGUGGCAUCAGCUCUGGCAGAAGAAGGGGGCGGGGGAGGGGGUGGGGGUGGGGGUGGGGGCAGUGUGGCUUCCAAGCCUCCCCGGGGCCGAAAGAAGAAGCGGAUGCAGGAAUCAGGGCUGCCUGAGAUGAAUGACCCUUAUGUGCUCUCCCCCGAGGAUGACGAAGACCAUCAGAAGGAUGGCAAGACCUACAGGUGGGGGGCAGAGCCAGGGGGCCGGAUGGGGAGCCAGGGAAACUGCGGCACAGGAAAUGGACAGAGCCCUGGGCUCAUGGAUUCAGGCUCCACCACCAACUUGCUGUGUGACCCUGGGUGUCGGAUGUGUUCGCUGACCUUCUAUUCCAAGUCGGAGAUGCAAAUCCACUCCAAGUCACACACAGAGACCAAGCCCCACAAGUGCCCGCACUGUUCCAAGACCUUCGCCAAUAGCUCCUACUUGGCCCAGCACAUCCGUAUCCACUCAGGGGCCAAGCCCUACACCUGUUCCUACUGCCAGAAGGCCUUCCGCCAGCUCUCCCACCUCCAGCAGCACACACGGAUCCACUCCAAGCUGCAUACGGAGACUGUCAAGCCCCACAAGUGCCCGCACUGCUCCAAGACCUUCGCCAACAGCUCCUACCUGGCCCAGCACCUCCGUAUCCACUCGGGGGCCAAGCCUUACACCUGUUCCUACUGCCAGAAGGCCUUCCGCCAGCUCUCCCACCUUCAGCAGCACACACGAAUCCAUACUGGAGACCGACCAUACAAAUGUGCACACCCAGGCUGUGAAAAAGCCUUUACUCAACUCUCCAACUUGCAGUCCCACAGACGACAGCACAACAAAGACAAACCCUUUAAGUGCCACAACUGUCAUCGAGCAUACACAGAUGCAGCCUCGUUGGAGGUGCACCUCUCCACACAUACAGUGAAGCAUGCAAAAGUGUAUACCUGUUCAAUCUGCAGCCGCGCGUACACAUCGGAGACAUACCUGAUGAAACACAUGCGAAAACACAAUGCUCCAGAUCUCCAGCAGCAGCAGCAGCAGGUAUCAGCAGUAUCAGCGGCAGCCGCCGCAGCAGCAGCAGUGGCCCAGGCCCAGGCCCAGGCUCAGGCUCAGGCUCAGGCCCAGGCUCAGGCUCAGGCUCAGGCUCAGGCUCAAGCUCAAGCUCAAGCUCAGGCUCAGGCUCAGGCUCAAGCUUCCCAAGCCUCACAGCAGCAGCAGCAACAGCACUUCCAGCCCCCUGGGGCAGCCCCCCAAGGUGGGGGUGGUGGGGACAGCAAUCCUAAUCCUCCACCCCAGUGUUCCUUUGACCUGACCUCUUAUAAAACAGCUGAGCACCAUAAGGACAUUUGCCUCACAGUUACCACCAGCACCAUCCAGGUGGAGCACCUGGCCAGCUCCUAGAGACUUGAUUCCAGCCGACUGAGGGAAGAUAAGAGGCCCCAUCUCUGCCCCCCCCAACCUGCACCCCCUCUACUACUGCCCUACCCUACUGGCAAGUGGCAGGAUUUGGCACCACUUUCUUCGACCUUUGGCUUCAGCUUCCCACAAAGGACAUCACCCUACUCCUAGCUCUUUGUUCAGAGAGCAACAACUCUUUGGGUCUGAAAAGGAACUCAGUUGCCAAGUGGGGCCCAACUGUAUUCCCUACAAUCAUAUGGUAAAAGGACUAUGAAAGUUGUAGAGGGGAAGAGGGGCAGCAAGUAUUUAAGGAAGAGGCUUUCUGGUGGCAACCUUGAAAUAUGCCAAACCUGAGAUCUUCCUUUCCCCAUACCCUCACUUUAGAAAUUGGGUUAAUUUCCAGCAAAAGGGGAAAAGUCCAGGAGGUUGACCCCUCCAAGUUAUUGGAGAGGAGGGAAUCCCAGACCCAGGCCCUUGUUGCUCUGUUUUCACCUACAAAUGGACAAGUUCAUUUGGCUUUUGCCCCUGCUCUGCCUGAGACAGUAGGAGAUUUUUUAUUGGUGGGGAGGGGGCUGGAGUUAAGACCUCCUGGAAUGAAUUCUCUGGAUUACUAAGGGACGGAGGCUGUGGUCCCCAAGGGGCCAAAGAUUCCCCAUAUGGUUUAAAAAAAAAAAGAGGAGGGGAAAAGUUUUCCUUGGAGUAUUGGUCCCUCUCCUUUCCCUUCCUCAGUCACUCUGGUCCCCCAACCAAUUCUUUUCCCUUUUUGGCCAAAGCCUUGCUCUCAGAGGCUUUCCCCAUCUUUAGGCCCUGGGAGCCAGGUAGCCCCAAGGAGUUUCAGGACAUUUGUGUUCUUGAUGAAACCCAAAGCAAAAGGGGCUAUAGAGAAGGGAGAGUUUGGACUGGAGUUAGAUCCCUGAGGUGUUGGGGCCAUUUGAAUGGGACAUGGAUUUAUAUAUAAAUAUAUAUAUAUAAAUAUAUAUAUAUAUACACCCACUUACCACGGCCAUCUUUGUAACCGUUUCUUUGUUGUUUAUAAAUGCAUUAUCUCUGAGAAUUUUCAUUUUCAAUUUUUUUUCAUUAUUUUUUCUCAUGUAUUUUUUUGUUGUCUAUUUUUUCUUUUCCCUUUUUCAUCUCUGACCAUGGCAUUUUUAUUUCAUUUUGUCUUUUUAAAAAAUCAUGGCAAAUUUCAGAGAAGAGAAGAUGCCACAAAUCAGGAAACCAGUUGUUAUAAAGCAAUUUAAACAUGGGGGAGGGGGGAAGAAAAACAUGUACAAAACAAAGGGUGUUUUUAGAAUAUUGUAUAGAAAUAAAUUCAUGUCAAAGGAU